AUGCAGGAUGUCCUGAGCCUGCGCACGUUGGUGGUGAAAAUCCUGGGUCUGAUGCUCUCUGUGUCCUCAGGCCUGGCUCUGGGCAAGGAGGGGCCCACGGUUCACAUCGCUUGCUGCUGGGCCAACGUAUGCAGCCAGUGGUCCCGGCGCUACAGCACGGAGCUGCGGCGCCGGGAGCUGCUCUCCGUGGCGGCGGCGGCGGGGGUCUCCGUGGCCUUCGGCGCCCCGGUGGGGGGGGUGCUCUUCAGCUACGAGGAGGUCUCCACCAGGUUUCCCAGAGCCACCAUGAUCCGUGCCUUCUUCUCUGCGGUGGUUGCGGCCCUCACCUUGGCCUGGUACGACCCCCUGGGCACGGGCAAGCUCACGCUCUUCGAGGUGAGCUAUCAGAACGAGCCAGCCCUCUUGGAGUAUCCACUAUUUCUGGCCAUGGGCUGUGUGGGUGGCCUCGUAGGGGCCCUCUUCGUGAAACUGAACAUCCAAAUCAGCGAAGCCCGGAAGGAUGGCUCGGCCUUCAGGGAGAAGGUGCCUAUCACCCUGGAGGUGGCGCUGAUUGCCCUGUUCACAGCCAUCACCAGCUACCCCUCCAUCUACACCAGGGACCUCUCCAGUCUUGCCAUCCACUCGCUCUUCUGCAGCUGUUCGAGCCCUACGAACGGUGUCGACCGUUUGACUUUGUGCGAGGGCGACCAAGAGGCGGCGAGCGCUUCGCUGGUGGCGGCUUUGCUUUUGGCCGCCGCGGUGCGCUUCGCCCAAGUGACCGUCACCUUCGGCACGGGCGUGCCCUGCGGCCUCUUUGUGCCUUCCCUGUACGUGGGCGCCUGUUUGGGCCGAUGUUUGGGCAUAGUGGCGGCCUGGGGCAAUGGCUACCUCCACUUUGCCCAGCGUGUCCAUCCAGGCGUGUACGCAAUGGUGGGCGCUGCUUCCGUCUUGGGCGGGGUGUGCCGCGUGACCAUCUCGUUAGUGGUCAUCAUGUUCGAGCUAACGGGUGGCACUCACCUGAUCCUCCCUUUCAUGAUCGCGGUCUUGGCCGCCAAGUGGGUGGGGGACCUCUUCAACGACAGCAUUUACGACUGCUGCAUUCACUUGAGGGGCUACCCCUACCUACAUGAGCCCGGGGAUGUGACCUACUCGACCCGAGCCUGUGACGUGAUGCAGGAGGAGUUGCAUUGCCUGGGUGUAGAGCCUGGGCCCUUGGGCGUGCUGCUGAAGGAGCUUCGGGAGGCUCCCUUCAAAGGCUUUCCAGUGGUGAAAAGCGAAGACGACUUCUCAGUCGUGGGCUACGUGAAGUCGAAGCCCCUGCAGAAGUUCUUAGAGGAUCAGCUUUGUCAGAACAACGACGACUCGGUGCCGGUGUCCUUCCGAGGCCGGCCUGGGGCGAUCAACGCCGACUUUUUGCUGGAUACUUCGGUGCUGUCGGUGGUGCCGGACACGCCUGUGGCACAAGUCCACAGCAUCUUCAGACACAUGGGGGGCAAGUUGGUCUUUGUCACCCGCCUGGGCCAAGUAGUUGGCAUCAUCACGAAGAAGCACUUCCUGCAUUGCCUCAGCCGCAGUCUGGACCAGGAAGUGGAGGGCCUGGACGUGGAUCAAAAGAGCUCGGAGCAUAGCUCCUACUUGCAGGCGUAUUGCCACGAGACCUCCAGCUACGGCUUGUUGUCGUCCCCGGAGGAGUCCCCGGAUGCGUCCCCGGAGGUGUCACCCAAGACCAACAUCACAAGGGCAUCAGUGAGCUUUAUUCGCCACUCCUUGCCGUCGCGGGAGUUCAGCCUGGAGAACAUGCGCCAAAGCGCCGUGCGCGCGUUGAAGAGCUGCCCGGUGGUGGCGACCAGGAGCCAGUCCGAGAAUCCAGGAGGCCGCAAGGCCCGGCACUCAGCCAUCCAGAGCAUCUCCUGGCCCGCCGAGGUGAACAAAGGGUCCUCUGGCCGGGACUUGCGGAAGUCGGGGCUGCACUUGGGCCUGCCGGCGGUCAUCGGACUUCUGUCCGGGAUGACGAGAUGCUUCUUGAUUUGGAGUAUCUCCAGCUUCCUUGAGAAGCUGUACGAGGAGGGCGCAGCCCUGACGCUAAGCGCCUGGGAGCAUUUGCGCUGGUCCCUGGUCUGCGUGGCCCUGGCGGUGCUCGCGGCGCGGCUCAACUGGCGAGUGCCCUGCACCGCCAGCGGCAUGUCGGAGGUGAAGACGAUUCUCAACGGCUUCGUCAUGGACGAGCGCUUGUCCUUCGACGUCCUCUUCAGCCGAUCCCUGGGCCUGGUCUUCGCCAGCGCGGCACGACUCUGCCUGGAUCUGCAGGGUGUGAUGCUGCACCUUGCGGCCUGUUGGGCGGAUCUCUGCUACCGCCUUAGCAGUAUCAACAACGAGGCCACGCGCCGGGAGCUCAUCUCCGUGGCCUGCGCCGCGGGGAUCUCCGCGGCCUUCGGCACGCCGCUGGGGGGCGUGCUGUGGAGCUACGAGCAGAUGAGCAGCAAAUUUACGCAGCAGACCUUGAUCUACGCCUUUCUGGCCUCGAUUUUGGCGGACUUGGUGGUGGACGCCUAUGCUCAGCGCUUUGACGCCGUGCGCGAGGAGCUGCAAAGCCUAGGCGCUCGCUAUGACCACCUCCCGGCCUUCGUGGAAUACGUGGUCUUCGUGUUUCUUGGGGUGCUCGGAGGAGUCUUGGGCGCAGCCUGCAUCUUUUACAACAUGUUGGUGUGCCGUGCCCGGCAGAACUGGGGGUGGACAAAGUGGGGGGUCUGGGGGUCGAUAUCCAUCACCCUGGUGACGCUUUGCUCCUGCGCCAUCAGCUGGUUUUCACCGCUGCUCUUCCGGCAAGACGACGCGCUGCAGGCCUUGUUUGCCUCCUGCACCUCUCGGAGUCCCUUGGCGGAGUCCUUCGGCAUCUGCUCGGGCUCCGUGACGGCGAUGCACUCCGAGGUGGCCUGGUCGCUCUGCGGCUGCGCCCUGCUCUGCUGGCUGGAGCUGGCGAUCACCUACGAUGCAGGCACCCCCGGGGGCUACUUCAUCUCUUCUUUGCUGAUCGGGGGGUGCCUGGGCCGCGGCACUGGCAUCUUGGUGCACGAGUUCGGCCAGUGGUCCCAGGUGCCUUUGCCCUCCCAGCCGGGUGUCUAUGCCAUGGUCGGGGCUGCUGCCAUGCUGGCAGGGAUCACCCGCGUGCACAUCUCGCUGGUGGUGAUGAUGUUCGAGCUCACAGGCGCACUGCAGCUGGUCGUGCCCUUCAUGGUGGCCAUCAUGACGGCCAACUGGGUGGGCAGUCUGCUCACCUGCUCCAUGGACGAGUGCCACAUCAGUCUCCGGGGAUAUCCCCACUUAAUGUCUGAGUCGGUGGUCUUUAAGUCACGCGCCGGGGAUGUCAUGGAUGAGGAGCUUGACGAAUGCCUGACCUGCAAUGCCUGUCAGAUCUCAGUGCUUACAAAACUGGUGAACCAGGCGGAGUACGGGGGCUUCCCUGUGAUCGUGUCCGAGGAGGAUCGCGCCUUGGUGGGCUAUGUGUCUACUGAGAGCCUGCGCGAGUACUUGCAGCAGCUCCCAGUCAGAGUGACGAUGAAGACGAACCCGAUGGCAUCCUUUCAGCCACUGGAUGACAAGACCUUGGACCUCUCCUCCCUGGUGGACCGCACUGUAAUCCAGAUUGUCCCAGAGACGCGCUUGGAACAGGUCCACCAGAUCUUUUUAGAGACGCUUGGCCUGAAGCUUGUGCUGGUGUGCAGCUUUGGGCAGCUGGUUGGCAUGAUCACCAAAAAGGCCUUUGUGCAAUACCUGGAGCAGGGGGAGAUCGGAAACAUGACCCGAGACCCCGCAGUGAUUUUGGAAGAUCACAAGAAGGGCUUGGACGAGCCGCUCUUGCCGUGA